AUGAAGCCGCUCCUAGGCGCAUCGGAGCUCUCGGGGCAGGACGGCUCUCCCCGGCGCAGGGACAAGGCGGAGGAGUCGGAGCGGCACCGGACCCGGGAGCGCCUGGAAGCCACCCUGGCCGGCCUGGGCGAGCUGGCGUACCUGCGGCACCGGCAGGAGAUCCUGGUGAAGGCAGCGCUGAGCCCCGGGGUGGCCGCAGCUUGUACUGACCCGGCCGGGAGAGGUGACAGCCCCCGGAGCCUGGAGGAGCGCUUCCUGGAGGAAAAUAUUCUGCUGCUCAAAAAACAAUUGAACUGUUUACGAAAGAGGGAUGCUGGCCUGUUAAGUCAGCUGCAUGAACUGGACAAGCAGAUUAAUGACCUGAAGCUCGAUGUAGAGAAGACGGCUGAGGAACAUCUUGAGACGGACAGCCGACCCAGUUCAGGAUUCUAUGAGCUGAGUGAUGGGACGUCAGGAUCACUCUCCAAUUCCUCAAACUCUGUCUUCAGCGAGUGUUUAUCCAGCUGUCAGUCCAGCACCUGCUUUUGCAGCCCCCUAGAAGCAUCAUUAAAUCUUACAGAUGGUCAGCCAAGAUCAGCAGAAGACUUCUUUGAAUGGUUGGACUACAGGGAAGGCCAGUGUGAAAGUACAGGCACGGUGAGGCGAUCUUUUUCCGCACCCCAGUCUAACACCGCUGAAGUUGUUGCUGAUGUUCAUCCCAAGUACCAGUGUGAUCUAGUCUCUAAAAAUGGCAAUGAUGUCUAUCGAUACCCAAGCCCUCUUCAUGCGGUGGCUGUGCAGAGCCCAAUGUUUUUGUUGUCAAUGAUGGGCAAUAUGAAGGUGGAGGAGGAGGGGGAGAUGGGAGCCAAUAUGAAUGACUGCUUAGUGCCUGAACUUGAUGUACUAAAACCUGAAGACUCUUUGCUGCCACAGAGUAGUCCUUGCUCUGUUCCUUUUUCCCAGUAAAAAAUUGGAUGGGUACAUUUUAAGUGUCAUACAGAAAAAAUCACAUCCCAUAAGGACUAACAAACCUCGAACAAGUGUAAAUGUAGACCCAGCCAAAGGCAUUUUACGACAUGGAAGUAUAUGUGUUAAACAGACUGGUGGCAUCACUCAUAACAGCACCACUAACCUGAAGAAUUCUAAACAGCCAUGUUUACAUUCCUCUGGAAUAACCUCUGUGGAUAAUGGCACUUACCCUGCUCAAAAACUGUGCUUGAAAGAAACUCAAAGUGAACAGCUGGAGAAAAAAAUGCCAUUGGCUUCCAGCUACCAGCCAAGUAACAUUAAUGAACUACAAAGCCAAAACAAUUCACGGAACGUUGUGAAGUCUGUCCCUCAAAAUCUUACAAGGGGCCCUGGGAUUGGCACAUCAAACAUUCAAAAGGAACUACAUGUAAAUCCUAAUCCAGUUGCCAGUCAUUUUUCCAACGUUACCAGUCCUCUUUGUAAUGGAUCUCCCAAGGGAACUCAUAAGAUCACUUCACUUCCUCAGGAAGUUAAAAUUGUACAACCACCAAAAAGAAUUUCACCCAAAAACACAAUCAACUCUUAUACAUCUCACGAUGAGAGGCCACCGCUUGACUUCAAGAGUGAGGGGUCUUCUUCUCAGAGCCUGGAUGAAGGACUUUUGGUAAAUGCACAUUAUAUACCAGCCCAACAACAGGGCGUUAAACUCCAUAAGUCAAUCAAAAAUGUGAAGAUUGUCAAGAGCUCAACUUUAAAACACCGAUCCAGUAUUCAGCAUGUUGUGGAAAAUGGUUCUCAGACGCUGAAAGAAAAGAGCAAGGUGGUAACUAAAAAAUGCCGUUUUCCUGAUGACUUGGAUACAAAUAAAAAAGUAAGAAAGAUCUCUCCAAGAAGUAAGAAGGUUGUAGAAAGUGGUAAUGUGGGAAAAACUGCAGGUGCUAGCAAACCUACUAGCAAGCCUCAUGGACAUGCAAAGGAUGUAGUGUUGGCCAAACCCAGACACAAGAGGGGUGAUUACCGUAGGUGGAAGUCAUCAGCUGAAAUUUCUUAUGAAGAGGCCUUACGGAGAGCGAGGCGGCGGCACCAAAGGGAGAUGGUUGGGCUCUAUGCUCAGGUGCCCCUUCCUUAUGCCAGCCCAUACGCUUAUAUUGCAAGUGACUCUGAGUACUCUGCAGAAUGUGAGUCUCUGUUUCAUUCCACUGUUGUAGACACCAGUGAAGAUGAACAGAGCAACUAUACUACAAACUGUUUUGGCGAUAGUGAGUCCAGUUUGAGCGAGGUUGAGUUUGUUGGAGAAAGCACAACAUCAAGUGACACUGAUGAAAGUGGUGGACUUAUCUGGUCGCAGUUUGUACAUACCCUUCCGAUGCAAACACCCACAGCUGCUGCUCUUCAAACAACAGCCAAAGCUUUUGUCAAAAUUAAAGCCUCGCACAACUUGAAGAAGAAAAUCCUUCGCUUUCGAUCUGGGUCACUAAAGUUAAUGACAACAGUUUGA